CAGUGGGUUUCACACUAGCUCCCUUCCCAGCCCCAGUGCCCCCACCCACGUAAAUGGCAUAAUAUAGAUAAUUGGAAGGGGGAGGGGGGGUUGAAGAUGAAGAUCAUGCAUCCAAUGUAAAUACUCUGCCGUGUAUCCCGCCUGUUUUUGCUCAACGUUCUGGAGAAGUGUCCACCUUUGAAAAAUCUCCAACACAUCAAUCAUCCUAUAUUGGAGGAGGGGGUAUUAAUUCGUUAGCCGUUUUGGCUGGAUCAUAAUAAAGCAAAACCAACUAAGCUAAUUAAGCUAAGCGUGGAGGGCUCCUGUGCCUCGGCAACAGCUAGGGGCUCUCCGUGGGGCCUCCCAAAAAAAGUCUGUGUCUGUCUUCUUUGCAAACAACCUCUUUCUAUCUUUUUCUUUUUCUUUUUCUUUUUCUUUCUUUCAUUCAAUUCUCUCUUCUUUCUCAAUUGGAAAUUUCCAAUUGGAAGCGCUAUUCAGUGCGCUUCAGGUAGUCAUUUCAGGGUUUUCUUCUGUUUGGCCAAUUUCAUUAGCGUGGAUGCUAACCAGGAAUGGGGCUAGGUACCAAGCUUUUAGCUUUGUAACUUGGCCAUCCCUGUGUCCUACCGAUCUCCACAAAGAUAGUUUCAGGGGUUAGAGAUGGUGUACGUGGACUACAAUUCGGCACCGUUGCUAUCCCAUCAUAAGUUGGAUGUUAUAAAGAAGGAGCAAUGUGAGUGAUGCUGAUGUUUUUCUGUUGACCAAUUUGACAAUGUUUAAAUGUUCUGAAACUGAGAGGAUGAUAUGCCUAUGGCCUUCGUGAAGGUCAGUGGCUGCUCGGGAUGACCUUCGUUGGAGCUCUGCUAUGGUGCAAAAAAAAGAUUCGCCACACCGUAAAGCGACGAAAAUGGAGGCAUUCUCCUUUACGAAGGGCGGGUCACAGCUGUAUUGUGACCUGCUGCAAGCAGGCUACCAUUAAUAGAGACAACAAUGUAGCCAAGAAUCAGGAGGAGGAGGUGGUGAAUAAGGAAGUGGAUCCUUCCUUUGCAUGGCCAUGGAGCCUCCCAUUAAUGGUGGAGCUCCGGAAGAAGAUAUUAUGCUUUAGGGACAUUAUUGAUCUUCCUCCAUGCAAUGGAAGUGGUCCCAUAGUUGAGUUGUUGGUGCGAACCGUAGAGGACCUCCACAACCUGUAUCCCAAGGUCGUAAUUAGUACUACAGUGCCGGAUGCUAAUGAAAUGACCCUGGAUCAGGCGUUGGUGUACUUCUAUGGUUCCCUGAAAUCUCUUGGUGAUUCAUGGGUCGAUAAUCACCAAUGGUUGUCCGAAGCCGAAUGCAACUCUGAGAAAGAUGAUGUCUUGAACAUCAGUUCAGAGCAAUUAGGUGCAAAGGUGAUGGAGAAGCUUGAUUAUAUGGUUAUGGUAGCAAAAGAAAUAUUUGACGUCAUGGAUGAGGAUGAAGAAGAUGAUUCAGAGGAUAAUAAGAAUUCUCAAGAUUCUUCUUUUGAAGAUAUAUUAAGGUACUCCUAUUCAUUCACUAAAGAACUUGGCUUCUCUCCAGUCACCCCAACUUCAGUUCUUCCAGAGCUGAUACAGAGUUGUAGAGAAAUUGAAAAAUUUGCAGAUUUUUCAUAUUCACCACCCCUUCUCCUGCCUCUAAGGCUUCAGGAUGUGGCGAAACUGAAACCCAUUGAUAUAAAGCGCCUCUCCUUUCAUAUGUUCCCUAAUUUACCAACCCAAGAUAUCAUCUAUGAGACUCGAAGUAGCAAAAAAUAUGAUGAAUCAAAGCUUAAAACCCAAGAAUCAAAGACAAAUUCCCAAGAACUGCCAGUACCAGAAACCAAGGAAGAAAACAAAGAUAGCAGAGAUGCAAAUGAAACAUUAAAUCUCCUCAAGUCCGAUUCAAGUCAAAGUAGGGCUGGAAGUAACAUAAUGAGUGCCCUUCCUAUGCUAGCACCUAUCCUUGCUGCAAGUGAACAUACGAUACAGUCAACAACACCCCAACCCACAAUGCAGCAAAAGGCAAUAGCACAAGCACUACCUCUACCACCAGCAUCCCUUCCAAAUGUAUCACUACCACCACCACAUGCAAUGACAACACUACUUCCACAACCAUCACCACCCCUCCAACCAACUUUGCAGCAAAAGGCAGUGGCAUAUGCACUACCUACACCUCUAUCUCUUCCGAAUAUAUCACUAUCAUUAUCACAACCACAUACAGUAACAGCAUUUCCACCACCACCACCACCUACAAUGGUAGCAUUGCCACCACCACCACCACCUACAGUAACAGCAUUUCCACCACCACUACCACCUACAAUGGUAGCAUUGCCACCACCACCACCACCUACAGUAACAGCAUUGCCACCACCACCACCACCUACAGUAACAGCAUUGCCACCACCACCACCACCUACAGUAACAGCAUUUCCACCACCACCACCACCUACAGUAACAGCAAUGCCAGUGCCACCACCCCCUACAAUGGUAGCAUUGCCAGUAACAGCAUUGCCACCACCACCUACAGUAACAGCAAUGCCAGUGCCACCACCACCUACAGUAACAUCUUUGCCAGUAACAGCAUUGCCACCACCACCAUCUACGGUAACAGCAAUGCCAGUGCCACCACCACCUACAAUAACAUCUUUGCCAGUAACAUCAUUGCCCCCACCACCUACAGUAACAGCAAUGCCAGUGCCACCAGCACCUACAGUAACAACAUUACUGCCACCACCACCACCUACAGUAACAGCAUUGCCACCGCCACCAGCACCUACAGUAACAGCAUUGCCACCACCACCACCGCCUACAGUAAAAGCAUUGCCACCGCCACCACAACCUACAGUAACAGCAUUGCCGCCACCACCACUGCCUACAGUAGCAGCAUCACCGCCACUGCCACUACCGCCUACAGCAGCAGCAUCGCUGCCACCACCACCGCCGCCUACAGUAGCAGCAUCGCCUUCACCGCCACCACCACCACCACCUACACUACCCUCAAAUGCAGCCGCCCCAGCCCCAGCCCCACCACCCAUGCUGGACCAAAAGACAACUACCCCACCUCCACCAUCCAUACCUCUACCAAAUGGAGCAGCUCCUCCACCACCCAUGCCUUUGGGAAAGGGAGGAGGUCCUCCACCACCUCCUCCAGGUGGAGGGGGAAAAGCCUGCUUGCGUCCAAAGAAAAAUACGAAGUUGAAGAGAUCAAGCCACAUGGGUCAAUUGUAUCGUGUACUAAAGGGAAAAGUGGAAGGAGAAACUCUACAAACGAAGUCGACUCAAGGAAAAAAGAGUCAGGGUGGGAGCUCUAAUGGUGGUAAACAAGGAAUGGCCGAUGCACUUGCAGAGAUGACAAAGAGAUCAUCCUAUUUCCAACAAAUUGAAGAAGAUGUUGAGAAGUAUGCAAAAGCAAUCACGGAGAUAAAAGGAGCCAUCAAUUCGUUCAAAACAAAGGAUAUGGCUGAAUUGCAAAAAUUCCACAAAUAUGUCGAACAUCACCUGGAAAAUCUAACUGAUGAGAGCCAAGUAUUGGCGAGGUUUGAAGGUUUUCCUUCAAAGAAACUGGAGACAAUAAGGAUAGCAGCAGCACUGCAUUCAAAGCUGGAUGCAAUCGUUACUAAUUUAGAAAGCUGGAAGAUUGUGUCUCCUUUAGGCAAGCUGAUUGACAAGAUUGAGGCCUACUUCAGCAAGAUCAAGGGGGAAUUGGAUGCAGUGGAACGAACCAAAGAUGAGGAAUCUAAGAGAUUCCAGAAUCAAAAUAUCACCUUUGACUUUGAAAUCCUUGUGCGGAUCAAGGAAAUGAUGGUGGAUGUUUCUUCAAACUGCAUGGAAUUGGCACUUAAGGAGAAAAGGGAAGCCAAAGCAACAGCAACAGAUCAGAAGAAUGAAAAACGAACCCAGACAUAUGCUAUGAUGCUCUGGAAGGCUUUUCAGAUGGCAUUUAGGGUCUAUACAUUUGCAGGUGGACAGGAUGAGCGCGCUGACAGAUUGACCAAAGAAAUUGCCAAUGAAAUACAGACUGAUCCUGACUUCUAGUAGUACAAAUCCUUCCAGCACUGUAUCUCAUAUUAAAGCAAUACAGUGGGUCAGGACCAUUUGAUCACAUUGAAGCAAGUAUUGGUAAAUGGAUUUUGAGCAUCAGGUCUUGUUCAUGCUAAUGAUUCGAAGCAAGGAUACUGAUGGAAAAAAAAAGGUACAAGUCAAAGUAGGGAUCAAUGUGCAACAGCAGGUAUACAUGGCUGUCGUUUUAAUAAACCAAAAGACAUUUCUCUGAUAAAUUAAUUAUCAGCAGAAUGGACUCACUGGAGUGCAUGAAGCUAAUAUCUAGUUCUGGUGCCCUAGAUAAAGCUGUAUUUGCCAAUGAUCUUCAAUUGGUUGAUUGUGUCUUCUACAUACAUUCUCCUGCCAUUACAAAAAGUUCGUCAUUUGAUGUUGCUUGCUGUUGAAACCAGUGGAUUUCCACCAGCUAAUUAAGAUCCUUACCUAUGUGAUUUGAGUUA